AGAUUGUCACUCAGUGUCACAAAUUUUUUUACGACACUACGACAGUAUACAUAACCUAAAAUUCAGUUUUAAACUUUGAAAUACGAACUCAAGAGUGGUCAGAUAAUGAUAGGUUCUUCGUUUUAAACUAGACGAAAUACUUGUAACAAACAUGUAUAAAAGAUUUUUACCAUAUCUUUGUGAUGCAGUGAAUGGUAGAAGCUAUUCCAUUCUACAAAUUACAAACAGUUACAAGAUUGUCCAAGCAAACAACAAUCAUGACCCAUUGCAACAUCACAAUUUGUUGUUCAACAUAAUUUCUCUGAAGUACACUUCUUGCAUAACACAAGAUAGCUUAACAGCAUCAUAUGAAGAAAUAAAGAAAUUGGGAAAGCAGCCUUCCAAGGAUGUCUAUAUUAUUGAUGUAAGAGAACCUACUGAACUUCAAGAGACUGGUACUAUUCCUAGCAGUUUGAACAUUCCAUGUCUUUCCAUAUUCUGGUUUGGAUGUGAUGCUGACAGAAUGGACAGACCUUUACAUUUACAUAAUAUAUUGGGUGAAGUAGAAACUGCCUUGAAAGAACUAUCUGCCAAACAAUUCCUGGAUAAAUAUGGGAGAGAAAAGCCCGACAAACAAUGUACAAUCAUAUAUUCAUGUAAGACAGGCCGUAGAAGUGGCAAAGCCCAAGAAAUAUCGCAGCAGUUAGGCUACAAAAAAGUUAAAAACUUUGUUGGAGGUUGGACAGAAUGGGAAGAAAGAAAUAAAUCAUAAAUACAGCAUGUAUGCUAUAUGUAUAAAGAAAAAACACCACAUUAAUAUGUGAACUACAGCAAGCUUUAGAAAAACUUUCGGAACAAGAAUUUCUGGAUAGAUAUGGAAGAAACAAGCCUGACAAGCAGUCUUCGACAAUCAUAUAUUCAUGUCUGUCUGGCCGUAGAAGUAAACAAGCCCUAGAGAUAACGAAGCAGUUAGGUUACCAAAAUGUUAAAAGCUUUUCUGGAGGUUGGAGUGAAUGGGAGAAAAAAUCAACAGCUGAACCCCAAUGACGUACUUACUAGUAUCACAUUGUAUAUAUAUCAUAUAUUACUUUGGGCAUACAUAUAAUGUGAGCACAUAUCGAAUGGGAAUAUAACUAUUUUAUGAA